ACUAGCCAGUUGUAGCCUGUGGUUGUAGCGGUUGUAGCCAAUAAAAUGUUAAUUUCAAAUUUGUAACUUACAAACUUUACAUUCAAAAGUUAAAAGUAUCAUGAGUAGUCACAAUAUUCUCUAUGCAAUAUUCUAUAAUAUUAUCAAAUUCAUUAGACAGGUAUUUUUCAAGACUAUUUUCGUCAACAUUUAUGUGUGCUAAACCCAAGUGCUAAACCAUGAUUAGACAUUAAAAUUAAAGGGGCAAUAUUAGACAAGGGGGCAAUGCUGUAAAAUGGAUUUUUCAGUUGUACUUUUACACAGAAAUCCGCAAUAUCUUCAGAAGUGCUGUGACUUGAUAAAUAGUGAAUGGAAACGCAGUGAUACGGCCAGAUUUAGAAGUUUAGAAUCCUCUUGCGAUCAAUUACCAACGUCUCUGAUACUUUUAAGAGGAAACAAAGUACUGGGCCAUGUUAAACUCUCAGUUAUACCAAGUAUACCAAAUAGUUGUUUUAUUGAAUCUGUAGUUAUUGCCCAUAAUGAAAGAGGGAAAGGUCUAGGAACACUUUUAAUGCAAAAAGCUGAGGACUAUUGCCGCACUGUUUUGCAUUUGGAUGUAGUUUAUUUAUCAACUAAAGGACAGGAAGAAUUUUAUAGAAAAUUAGGCUAUAUAGAAUGUAUGCCAAUAUCAAUUUAUGGUAGCUUUACACCAACAGUUCAAAAUAGUUUUAAGAAUAAUAUAAAUGUAGAAAGAAUUAGUACGAAUGAUAUCAAAAAUAUCCCUGCUCCACCACCAAUGCCAGUGAAGAACAAUAUUAUUUCAACUACAAAAACAUUUAUGAAGAAAGAUUUAACUAAUUGCUAACAUACAGAUACAGAAAGUAAAUAUUUUGUAUGAAAUAUAUUUAAUUCUUUAAAAGAAUACAAUAAAGUUUGAAAAGUAAUA